CUCUUGACAGGUCGUUUUCCACUGCCCUUGGGGACCCGAGUGUUGGGUCGUGGCCGUUUUCCAGGCGCCUCCUCGGGACCCGGCCGAGGUGGACAGUGAGGAGGAUGGGACCGGCCUCCAGGCUCCGUACGAGCCGCACUGUCCUGUAACGUGGUGUCCUGCGUCCCCACGGUCCCUGGAGGCGGCGUUUACACCGUGGGGACAGAGGUCCCGCGUGCAACGGGCGGUGGGAGGCCCCCGGCCUGGGGCUGGGGGUGUAGGGAGCGGCAGAGCCCGCCUGGGUCUGAUGGCGGUGGCGCUGAGGGGCCCGCUGCGGGUGAGUGGAGGGUCCCCACAGCCCCCACUCACUCGGACCCCUACCCAUGUGGCCCGGGACCCCCGACAGAGGGGAGGGGUUGCUUCCGGACUCUGCCCCUCCAUCUUCGCUACUGGGACCCUGGGGUCACUGAAAGCCCAAGGUGCCGAGUCCUGGCCAGGUUUUUUGUGGAAACGUUCUCAUUCUGGAAUCCAGCGGGACAAGGCGUGCAAAGCAGUUUCAGGCACAGGGACCAGGAUGUGCACAUGCUUGGCGGUGAAGCUCAGUUGGGAGUGUUCAGGGAACUGAAGGUCUCCCUGUUGCCUGGUGGACAAGAGCUUGGCCUGUCACCUGAGGGUGGCGGGAGCCACGGAAGGUUUGGAGCAGAAGAGGGAGGUGAUCUGACUCAGGUGUUCACAGGCUUCCUCGGGCUGCAGAGUGGAAAACAGACAGGAGAGUGAGAGUGAGGGAAGAGAAAAGGAGGCACACAAGGAUGCUACCUUAAUAUAGCAGUGGCUUGGCCAGAGCGGUGACUGGAGUUGGGAGAAGUGGUUGGAGCUUGGAUCUGUCUUUUAAGUUAAGCCAGCCUGAUUUUAGGUGGAGGGGGGGAGAGAGAGAGAGAGAGAGAGAGAGCACAAGGAGGUGGGGAUGUCCCCGUGGGUUUUUGGCCUCAGCGAUUAGAAGGUGGAAGUGCUUCGGCUGAGAUGGGGAAGUUGGUGGGUGGAGUGGUUUCAGGGAAGAUCAGGAGGUGGAUUUUGCAUGUGGAGACUGAGAUGUCCCAGAGACUUCUGAAUGCAGGUCUGAGUUAUGCUGAGGGAUUCCACUUGGAGACAUCCAGUUGGCAGUACCCAGCCUGUGAAGUGAGGUGGAACUCAGGUGCAGAUUUAGGAGGGAGCGUCUUUAGGGCAUGGUGAUGGAUGCCCCAUGGGGGCAGCUGAGGACUGGGUGGCUCUUCGGGUACCUGGACAGGGGUGGUGGGUGUCACAAAUUCAGGUGAAGGGAGGAGCAGCCACAAAGGAAGGGGUGUGUGGGAGAGGAGGGUCCAGAAGGGGCCCCCGGUCGCUGGGGUGGAGGCUGAGGCAUAUUGUAGGUGGAGGUAGAUGACAGCAGGACCGGGGCUGGUGGCUAUUCACCUCUCUAUGGCUCACCAGCCUUUCUUGGCGCCCUCUGUGGGGCCUGUGAGUUUCAGUUAGGAUAGCAGGUUAGCUCAGUGGCAGGCAGGCAACUGGGAGUGUCGCAGGCCUGGGGUGGGAGGUGGUGGGCCUGGACUUUGAGUAUACAUUAGGAGAGAAGAAUACAGUGGCAGGGGAGGUGACAGCAUGCAGAAAGUCAGAGGCCAGGACAUGCCAGAGAUCCAUGUCUGGCCUUGGUGGCUGAGAGUCAAAGGUAGGAAUAGGCCCAGUUGCAGAAACAAUGAAGGAAACUCUGGGUGCCACCCCUGGCAGUUGGAAUUCUUUGAAGUCUGGGUCAGGAAGGGGUACUGGUUGACCUCACCAAGUAGCCAGGCUCUGGACACCAUUUGCACAGUGACAUGUGGGAUGGCUGGGAGAUGCCCGUUGUGUGGGGUCUGGAGAUGUGCAAUACAAAGCCUGACGUGUGCAUGCAGAGAUGAGUCAGUGGACUGGAAUCUGGGCUGGGGGACCUUUGAGGACAUUGCCGUGUACUUCUCUCAGGAGGAGUGGGGGCUCCUUGACGAGACUCAGAGGCACCUGUACUGUGAUGUGAUGCUGGAGAACUUGGCACUUGUGGCCUCACUGGAUUAUGGGUGUGGAGCAGAGGCUGAGGAGGCAUCUUAUGAGCAGAGUGUUUAUGUAGCAGUGCUUCAGUCCAGGACCCCCAAGGCAGAUCCAUCCAUCCAGAAGGCCAACACCUGUGAUGUGCAUGACCCAGUGUUAAAAGACAUAUUACACCUGGCGGAGCACCAGGGAAUACAACCCAGGCAGAAACUGUACACGUGUGAGACAUGUGGGAGAGGUUUCUGGCUCAGUGCGAACUCUCACAAGCACCAGAAGGAGCACAGUGAAGAGAAACCCUUCACAUGCAGGGAGUGUGCUAAGGCUGUCCUGGACAGCCAUGGCCUCCAGCCCCAGGCCACCUACGGAGAGGGGACAUCACACAGAAGCACCGAGUGUAAGGAGGCCUUCCCACCCAGCUCCAUUUGGCAGCAACAGCAGGGAGGCCACGCCUCACAGAAGCCCUUCAAAUGCAGCGACUGCGGACAAGCCUUCCUGAAGGCCUUUGCACUCCUCAACCACCUGAUCACUCACGCCAAAGAGAGACCCUUCAGGUGCCCAGCAGGUGGAAAUGCCCCCAUGGAGAGCUCAACCCUGUUUAAUCACCGAAAAACUCACACUGGAGAAACAUCCCAUGUGUGCAAGGAAUGUGGGAAGGUGUUCAGCCACCUGUUUAGCCUGAGGACGCAUCAGAAAGUUCACACUGGAAAAGCGCAUCUCAGUUGCAGUGAAUGUGGUAAAGUCUUCACCCGCAAACACUCACUCACUCAGCACCAGAGAGUUCACACUGGAGAAAGGCCUUAUGAGUGUGACCAGUGUGGGAAAGCCUUCACUCGUAGCUUCCACGUUGUUCGGCACCAGAAAGUUCACAACACAGAGAGGCCUUAUGAGUGCAGACAGUGUCGGCGAGUCUUUAGCUGUAUCUCCAACUUUGUCGAGCACCAGAAAAUACAUACCGGAGAAAGGCCUUAUGAGUGCAGCGAAUGCGGUAAAGCCUUCGUUAACACCUCCCAUCUUGUCCGGCAUCAGAAAGUUCACAACACAGAAAGGCCUUUUGAGUGCAGUGAAUGUGGAAAAGCCUUCCAGCAAACCUCCAAACUUAUUCUGCAUCAAAGGAGUCAUACUGGAGAAAGACCUUAUAAGUGCAACCAAUGUGGGAAAGCCUUCAGUUGCCCCUCCAACCUCAUUCCACACCAGCGAAUUCACACUGGAGAAAAGCCUUACAAGUGCUCCGAAUGUGGGAAAGCCUUCAGUCAAAGCUCUGCCCUCAUUCAGCAUCAGAAAGUUCACACCAGAGAAAGGCCUUAUGAGUGCACUGAAUGCGGGAAAGCCUUCAGCUACAGCUCUAACCUUGUUAAGCACCAGAAAGUUCACACUGGAAAACGGCCUUAUAAGUGCAGCCAGUGUGGGAAGGCCUUCAGCGAAAGCUCCAUUCUCAGUCAGCACCAGAGAGUUCACACUGGAGAAAAGCCUUAUGCGUGUAACAAAUGCGGAAAAGCUUUCCGCUACAGCUCAAACCUCUCUAAGCACCAGAAGGGUCACACUGAAAAAGAGCCGUCUGAGUGCAGUGGACAUAGGAUCACCUUCAGCCAGAGCUCCAGCCUCCCUCAGCCCAGAAAGGUCACACCAAAGAAAGGCCUUAGGAAUGUGGCAAGAGUGGAUAAGCACUAGUGGGGACCUUCUCCUUGUUCCAUAAAAGGACUCACUCUUGAGAAACUCCUAUGAAAGGAACCUUUGUGAGGAAGCCAUCAGCCAAAAUUUGAAACUUGCGCAUCCCACACCCCUACUGGGAGAUUGGCUGUAGUGCCAGUGGUAAGUGGGAAGCUUGCAGGAGCUAUGCAGCACUUUCUAACCUGUCCAGGUGCUUUGCCAGAUUAUGUCACUGCCAGGUGCCCUCUCACCUCUACCACUUGGCAGAUCCCCACACCAUGUGCCUGUCAUCUCAACAUACUCAGGGAAUGCAGGCUUGUGUUCUCAUUCCCUGGAGGGAGCCAUAAACUUUGGGAGCCCAUUGGGGUGGCCUCAUUUUCCACCUCUCCCCUGUCCCCAGUGGCUCAGGUGUUGCCCUGACGUAGUUCUCUCCAGGAGGAUCUGGAGUCUGACGAUGUCCAGAGGAAGUUUCCUUCUUCAUGGGCAUUGUUGAGUCUACAGAUGAUGCCUGCAGUGAACUGGUCCAGCCUCCAUAUCACCCAGCCUUGGAACUGCCUGCCUGCAGAGUGUGAUAAUAAAGACCUUAUUGCUGAAGCCAUCUUUAA